GGUAUGUAGCUAAGCACUACUAUGGUAGGCUAAUGACUCCGUCGAUCAUCAGAUUUCGGCCUUUGACAUUUUACAAAUCACCACUCGAGCUCCGAGCUUCGCUGCGCACACGCCAUUUUUUGCACUCUUUCGCAAUUGAGUUGAUCUGUGAUAUGCAAAUCAUGUCUAGAUCGCUUGCGCCUGCGCGCCCCCUUCUCAAUUCCCUGUGGAAGCAACCAGCUCGACCAUGCCGUCGAUUGCUCUCCUCCCAGAGCUCCCAAGCUCGCCGACCGACGGCAGCCAGCCAGACAGCUUCGCCGCGGCAUCAGCCUCUAAUGCAGAGGAGAUUCAAAUAUAAAACGGUUGAGGAAGCCAAGAGCAGGUAUCGCUCUGGUCCCUUCUCGUGGAAAGCAGGUCUACUCUUUAUCGCGACCGGUGCGGGGCUCCUCUACUAUUUCGAGCGCGAGAAGGGACGCAUGCAGCGCAAACGAGUGGCCGACUCGAACAAGGGCGUGGGACGACCCCAGGUUGGAGGCCCGUUCGAGCUGAUCGACCAGAACGGGAAGACGAUGACGCAGGAGGACCUGAAGGGGAAAUACUCCCUCGUAUACUUCGGCUUCACCCACUGCCCGGACAUCUGCCCCGAGGAGCUGGACAAGAUGGCGACCAUGUUUGACAUCGUCGAGGCGGAGCGGCCCGGCGCGGUGCUGCCCGUGUUUGUCACCUGCGACCCCGCGCGGGACGGCCCCGGGAUCCUGAAGGAGUACCUGAGCGAGUUCCAUCCGAGGUUCAUCGGCCUGACGGGCACGUAUGACCAGAUCAAGGCCAUGUGCAAGGCAUAUCGGGUCUACUUCAGCACGCCGACCGAGGUGAAGCCAGGGCAGGACUACCUGGUCGACCACAGCAUAUACUUCUACCUCAUGGACCCCGAGGGCGACUUUGUCGAAGCGCUGGGGCGGCAGCAUUCCCCGCAACAUGCUGCCAAGAUUAUCCUGGAUCACAUGAAGGAUUGGAAGGGCCAGUUGAGGACAUGAGAAAGGGGGACCCGGUCAGGGUUGCUCUCCACUCAGGCGUUUGUGUACGCAUAUGUAAUGGGAUGUACAAUACUAUAUGGGCAUAAUAUGGCUGCUGUACUAGUAAUAGAGAGCCGGAAACCCCUGUCACAAUAUGUGACAAAAGAUCUUGGUCCAUCAGCGUGUCGACACAGUGGUGAGCCUAUCAGACAUGCAUUGAAGCGAGAGACACUCGACGUUGAGCGGCUAAUAAGGAGUCGCCAUACAAUAAGCCAC